AUGGCUCUGCUCAGCAUUUUCAGCAAGCUCGACACGAGUGUGCUUUUUCAGUGGAAGCUUUUGAUCUUGGCAGUGCUUCCGCUUGCUGUAGUCCUCUACCUCACAUGGAAGAGGUCGAAAUCAGAUGGCCUCGACAUCAAGUUGUUCUCGCAUUUCCCGCAACCCGAAGAGGCUGACCCUAAGAGAGGACAUUGGCCAUGGAUUGAAAAGGCUGCCGCCUUAGGUGACCCCCGUAGAUCUUUUGAUGAACUUCUUUACGAACAAGCGGAGAAGCUUGGCUUCCCGCCCGUCCUCCUGGUUGACUGGCGACCAAUGCAGCAGUUCAUGAUCUUGUUCAUUCUGAACAAUGACGUUGCUGAACAAGUGACCAGGCCCACGAAGCAGUUUAGCACCAGUGUCCCCAAGCACCCUGCCAUGCAGGAUCUAGCUCCCUUGGUUGGCGCCAGAUCUCUUGUUACCACCGACGGUGAUGAAUGGAAGGGAUUGCGAAAGAGAAUUCUCCCCGGCAUGCAACCGCAGCACCUACUUAGUCUCGUGAAGGUUGUUCUGGAUAAGACAGAGCUCUUCAUUGAGCUGAUGGAGCAAAAGGCUGCCUCCGGUGAGGAAUUCAACAUUGACGAAUACACUACAAAUCUGGCUUUCGAUGUUAUUGGCAUUGUGACCUUUGACAUGGAUCUUAAUGCUCAAGUUCCGGGCAAGCAGAGCAAGGUGCUUACAACGUAUCGGGCAUUGUCACAUGCCUACAUUAAGCGUCAAGAGGGAAAGCACUGGCUUCGAACAUACUUCACCGAAAACGAACGAACCAUCAGACGUCUCGAUAAGGAACUCGACACGAUUCUCAAGGAGGAGAUAGUCAGGCAGCACAAGGCAUUCAAAGCCGGUGAUGUCACGGCCUCUCGAAGUGUGGCGGCCUUGAGUUUACAUGGCAUCGACCAACUGACGCCUGAGAUUCUUCAACAGACCAGUGAUACUUGCCGAGGUUUCCUGUUUGCCGGCCACGACACAACAAGUAUUCUGCUGCAGUGGUGUUUCUAUGAGCUCCAUAGACGUCCCGCUUCAGCUCUGGCUCUGAAGGAAGAACUUGACGAAGUUUUCGGCUCAGACCCCAACCCGAAAUCCGUGAUUGAUCAACUCUCUGGCCACGAAGCCGGAAAGCUGUUAGCACGCUUGCCUUACACCGAUGCAAUCAUCAAAGAGGCCUUGCGCCUGCACCCGCCCGGCACCACCGCCCGCGUGACGCCUAAGGGAGCUAACUACACCUUGACUCUUCCCAAUGGCCAGCCCCUUGUAGUCGAUGGCCUUUGUCUAAGUCCACGAGCCUAUAUCAUUCAGCGCGACCCCAAGAUCUUCGGUGAGACUAGAGACGAGUUUAGACCCGAGCGAUGGCUCGGUCCUGAGGCGGCCAAUAUCCCGGAGAGUGCGUUUAGACCAUAUGAGAGAGGCCCAAGGCGUUGCACCGGCUCAGAACUCGCAAACUUGGAAUCAAAAGUUGUCUUGGCUUGCCUCGCAAGGCGCUUUGAAUUUGUCAAGGUGGGCCUGGGCGAGCUGGACCUGGAUGAAAAGGGACAGCCCCAGCUUGAUGAGAAGGGAUACUACAAGACGAAAUCCACACUCUUCUCCACCGAUUUAGUCACCUCCAAGCCUGUCGACGGCAUGAAGUUGAAGGUCGAAAUUAAGGGCACAUCAUAG